UGCUCCUUCCCGGUUAGUGACGGGGUUAGGGGCUGUGGCGCUCGCACCAUGAGCGAGGCGGACGGGCUGCGGCAGCGCCGGCCGCUGCGGCCGCAGGUCGUCACGGACGAUGGCCAGGCCCCCGAGGCCAAGGACGGCAGGACUGAAGAGUAAGGAAGGCAAGGUGGAGAGACAGAUGGGGCCAUCAUAAAGUUGUGGUCAUGAGGAGUCAGGAAUCAGCAUUUUCUUCUCAUCCCUCCCCUUGGCUCCUUUAGUGGCCGUGUGUUCCGAGUGACCUUCGUGAUGCUGGCUGUCUCCCUCACCGUUCCCCUGCUUGGAGCCAUGCUGCUGCUGGAUUCUCCCAUAGACCCACAGCCUCUCAGCUUCAAAGAACCCCCUCUCUUGCUUGGCGUUCUGCAACCAAAUACGAAGUUACAACAGGCGGAAAGGUUGUUUGAAAAUCAACUUAAUGGGCCAGAGUCCAUAGCAAAUAUUGGGGAUGUGAUGUUUACUGGUACGGCAGAUGGCCGGAUCGUAAAACUUGAAAAUGGUGAAAUAGAGACCAUCGCCCAGUUUGGUUCAGGCCCAUGCAAAACUCGAGAUGAUGAGCCUGCUUGUGGGAGGCCCCUGGGCAUCCGGGUGGGGCCCAAUGGAACCCUUUUUGUGGCUGAUGCGUAUAAGGGACUAUUUGAAGUAAAUCCCUGGAAACGUGAAGUGAAACUGCUGAUCUCCUCUGAGACACCCAUUGAGGGGAGGAAAAUGUCCUUUGUGAAUGAUCUUACAAUAACUCAGGAUGGGAGGAAGAUUUAUUUUACGGAUUCUAGCAGCAAAUGGCAGAGACGAGAUUAUCUGCUUCUGGUUAUGGAGGGAACGGAUGAUGGGCGCCUACUAGAGUAUGACACGGAGACCAAGGAAGUGAAGGUUUUACUGGACCAGUUGCGGUUCCCUAAUGGAGUGCAGCUUUCUCCCGCGGAGGACUUUGUCCUGGUGGCCGAGACGACAAUGGCAAGGAUAAGAAGAUUCUACCUGUCGGGCCUGAUGAAGGGAGGGGCUGAUCUGUUCGUGGAGAACCUGCCUGGAUUUCCAGACAACAUCCGACCCAGCAGCUCUGGAGGGUACUGGGUCGGCAUGGCAACCAUUCGCUCCAACCCUGGGUUUUCUAUGUUGGAUUUCUUAUCUGAGAGACCCUAUAUUAAAAGAAUGAUUUUUAAGCUGUUUAGUCAGGAGACUGUGAUGAAGUUUGUACCACGGUACAGCCUCGUUCUAGAACUCAGCGACAGCGGAGCCUUCCGGAGAAGCUUGCACGAUCCUGAUGGGCAGGUGGCCUCCUACAUCAGCGAAGUGCAUGAGCACGACGGGCACCUGUACCUGGGCUCCUUCAGGGCCCCCUUCCUCUGCAGACUCAGCCUCCAGUCUGUUCAGCAGCCUUGACCGUGGCUGUGCCAGGAGUCCUCACACUGGGCACCACUGCUGGUCCAGGAGAUUCCGUGCACACAGCCUUUUUCACCUGCGCCUGCCGGUCCUUGGACAUGGACAUUGGAAGUGGACAGUGAGACCCUGUGAAUGUCUGGGGCCCUGUGGGAUACCCCUCACCUGGAUUUGACAUCUAGAGGGAAGCAUAACAUGCCACAGGGAAGAUAAGUCCAUGUUAUACCAUUUUCUCUUAAAAAACCUUUCUAAGUACAGUGAUUCUAUUCUCUAGGACUUAGGAGUCUUCAUACACUUAUAAUAGGCCUCAGGGUUUGGUGGAUAGAGCAGUAGAUGAGAUGUCCAGGGAUCUUGUUUUUGCUACUGGCUGUCUUGCCAGCCUCAGUAUCUUUACUAUAAAAUGUGGUAAUACCGGUCUCUGGGGGUGGGGCACAGGAGGGGCAAGGGGAGCUCAGUGCAAAAGUAUGUUGAGGCCAGUGAGUGGAGCUGUGUAAAUGGUAGAGCUGUAUUCUCCAGAGCUGUGUGGGCCAUGGGCCCUGGAUCCUGUGCGGUCCCUUCCAUAGCUCACACCCCCCAGCCUACGCCAGUUCAGCCCCACUCUGAACCAGAGGCUUUUCAAGACUCCUGAGUCCUCAUCAACCAUUUAAAGGCAAGGACCUGAGAAAGUGCACAGAAGCAUGUUGAUCCCAGCAGCUCAGAGAGGACCUGCGGGGCUUCUCUCUGUGAACAGACUGCAUCGAUGGAAUGAUCCAGCAGCUGGGUACUACAGGGCAGAAUCUAGGGGAGUCCUGUUGACACCCUUUUGUUCCUUACCUCUAGACUAGCAGACGAAGAGUGCAUAUGUUAAUAUCAUUUGCUAGGGUGUCACAAGCCCGAAAUUGCUGUAUAUCCCGACAAGUGUGUACACACUGGUCCUAAUUUUGUCAGAGGGACCCAUGUAGUAAUGAUAAUUAAAUUGACUUUCUGCUCAUUAACCUUU